CAUAAAACCAGAUUAAAUAGGAUAUUCUUGACAUUUUUAUAAAAAGUUUUAAACAAUUAUUCUUUAUAUAAUAAUAUAACAAUUUCUUAUGUAAUAAAAUUUAUGCUUAUUUCUGACUAAUAGUCAUCAUAUGAUUUCAGAAUCGAUCGAGAACGCAUGGAUCGGCGGAUAUGCGACUGUAAAUAUGUGGAAGUGGUUAUCGUCUGGCAGCAAUAUUUCGAACAAUGAUUUAUGGAGAGGCCACAAUAGAGAAUUACAUGGUUGUCUUUUGCUGGAUAGACACAUGUGUGAAAUACCGGUUUAUUUGGAAGCAAAGUGUGAUCGUAAACGUGAUGUUCUUUGUCAAAGACCCUCAAGAAAGCGGAUGAGUAAAAAGCCCAUCCCAGUUUAUGUAGAGGAAUGUCUUUACUGGAUAGGACUCCAUGCACUCACAUGGUUUCAAGCCCAACUCUCAUGUAAAGAAUUGAAUGCAUCACUCAUUAUACUAAAUUCUUCAAGAAUUAUUAAUCAUAUGAUGUCUUUGAUGGAAGACAACAGAAAAGGCAAGAUAACGAGUAUCAAGAACAAUUUUAUAUGAAAGAAUAGAUAGAAUGUUAUGCAUGCAUUAAAUGAAAGAAGUGGUAUCUUGAUUUUCACAGAAUAAUAUAUCAUAAAAAUUAUCUGUAACAUUAGAAAAUAGAAAAGUUAUAAAAUAAAAGUAUAUUUAAUUAUAAAUUACGAAUUUCAGAUUAUGUU